AGGCAGGCAGGCAAGCAGGCAGCCAUGUCUGAUCCACCCUCCCUCCACUUGAAGAAGGAGCUCACCCAAAUCCGAAAAGCUGCCCGCCUCCUCCGUGAUCCAGGCACCACCUCCUCCUGGAAGUCCACCUCCAGAUCUGUCCUUCCUCCUGCUUCUACUUCCACCUUUUUCACAAACCACUUCAAUGCCGGCCAUCAUCCCCCUCCCGACCUGGAAUUGCCCAAUGCCAAACACAGCGCCGUCUUCUUGCAUAACUGGAAGCAUCAGAAUCACAAAUCAAAUCAUCAGUUCGAUGACGAUGCUCAUGUUGAUGCCGCCUCCUCUUCUUGGGUUCAAGACGAAAGCUUGAGCGAUGCCAGAAACGGUGCCGAUUCCAAGAGUGACAACUAUAUACCGACCCUCGCUCUGCUUCCCUCAAAUUCAGGUGCAGCGAUGCAAAUCUUGUCUCUCCAAGACUCCUGCUUGGCUCCAGGAAAAAGGGUAAGAGAAAUACUACUACUACUACUACUAGUUCUUAUACUAGGUACUAUAAUCGUAAUCCUCCUAGCAAUGUUGGCUCUUGGGAUGCCGCCACUACUUCAUUCAACGAUGGUGAUGAUGAGGAGUGGUUGCUCUAUCUCCCUUCCUGAUACUCUCUUAAGGGGGAAAGGCACUAGCAUUCUUUGUGGAACUCAGUCGGUGUACACUGGACACAGACGUUCUACCUCACUCUCCAAAAAGCGCUCAACCCAACCCCAUCCCCAUGCCCAACCUCUUCUUCCAUUGCUUACUGGUAGUGGUGGAGGUGGGAGAGGAGGUUCAUCCCUUGUAAUUUAUUAAAUAAUAUAUAAAAUUAUUAAAAAAAAUUAUCAAGCCGCAGUUACUGAUAGUGGUGAUGGUAAGUUUGCUUCUUAUUGUUUAACAAAACUUUUGUUGAUUUAGGAAAUGACAGAUUUCUUCUGCAGACCUUCUUCUUUAUCAUCUUCAUUUGGAGGAAAGGAAACGAAACCACGAGUCAAUUAAUACUGAAUAGCAGAAGCUUCUUAUUUAAAUGAUGAUUAUAGACAUAAUCUUCAUUUCUAGACUGCUCGUUAUUACCCUUGCAAUUUAUUAAAGUGGUUAUUGUGGG